AUGGAGCGUCCUGAGGGGCCGCUCCCGAAGUCCUCAGAAUAUGAACCAAUACCAAUAGCUUCAGCAUCAGAAGAAACCAGCCACCAAGAACCUCAGGUUCCUGUCGACCAUGGUGUGGAAGCCGCCUGCAACAGCAGCACCAGAAUUGCCGGCAACCAUGGCACCCCAACUCCUGCCGACCUUGCAGUCUCUACUGAUGCCGAGAGCAGCACCCAAGCUGCCCCCCUAACUUCAGAAAACUCACUGGAGGGGAAAGAGAUGAGUAAAAGCCAGGAUGAACUUCCUCAUGAACUUGAGAGCCAGUUUAUACUACGUCUGCCUCCGGAACAUGCUUGUAUUGUCAGAAGCCUAGUACAUUCUAGAAGUGUCACCAUGAAGGAUAAACUCAAAAUUGACUUAUCUCCUGAUAAGCGUCACGCAACUGUUGAGAUAGAAGAUGUCUCACUAACUGCUAAACUAGUUGACUUGCCUUGUGUUAUUGGAAGCCUGAAAACGCUUGAUAAAAAAACCUUUUAUAAAACAGCAAAUAUUUCCCAGAUGCUUGUGUGCACUGCUGAUGAUGGUGAUCAGCACUCUUCUCCAGAAGAACCAGUUACCCCUACUGAUCUUACAGAAAUUGAGAAAAAGGAAAAGGAGAAACAGAAAAAAUAUAUCUGGAAGCAUGGCAUUACUCCACCACUUAAGAAUGUCAGAAAGAAAAGAUUCCGGAAAAUUAAAAAAAAGCCUGCUGAUUGCAAACAAGUGGAAGAAGCAAGCUUUACUGAGCCCACUGACUCUCCAGAUGUGGAAAGGGAGGUAAAAAGAUUGCUGUGUUCAGAUGCUGAAGCUGUAAGUGCCCGAUGGGAAGUCAUUGCUGAAGGUGAAACCAAAGAAAUAGAAUGUCAAGGCUUUAUUCCAGGCUUUGAGCUGUCUCCAGGAACAAGUGAGUACAAACUGGGUCAUAUCUCAUCAGCAUAUGGCAUGCUUCGGGAGGUGUCUAGUGACUCUAGCGGUCACAGUGGUGAUCAUGAUGAUGAGGAUGAGGAUGAUGACGAGAAGCAAGAAGAGGAAGAGGAUGAUGAGGAGGAGGAUGAAGAAGAGGAAGAAGAAGAGGAGGAGGAGGAGGAUUCUGAAGAUCUGGAGAGGGAGCUCCAAGCCAAGUUUAUUGAAUCUGGCCAGUAUGAGGCAAAGGAAGGCGCCGGUCCAAUAGUCAUGAACAUUCAGAAGCAGAUUUAUUACAUGGAGAAAAGGCUCUACAAGAUUCAGAACAAAGCACAGAGACAGAAGGAUCUCAUCAUGAAAGUGGAAAACCAGAUACUCAAGAAACAUCUACGGACUAUGCUGGAGCAGCUUAAGUUACAGGAAAAGCAAACAAAUGAGCAGCUCAUUUCCCUCCAGGAACAAUUGACAUGUUUUCUGAAGUAA